CUGCAUAAUCAACGGAGAUCACCUAAAAUUGAGCGUAGUUAACAAAAGUUACGAUUGAUGGUAUCGUAGUUGGCAAAUGUCGAUUACCGAAUGAAAGUCUACGUAAAUCCUUUUCGAUAUUAUUGUUAUUACUGACAUAAGAAUUUGACUAUAUCGAAAUUUUUACAUGGAUUAAAAAUUUUGUUAAAAUUCCAAGUGAUCCAAUUACGAAGCUAAUAUUGACGUAUAUAGAUAGUACGGCAUAAAUCAUAGUGAGAUAUAGAAAAUAAAUAUUUCGAUAAAAAUGACGUGGUGAAGAGAGCCUUAUCGUUUUACAAAAUCAUUGACGAAGUUGCAAGGUAUUCGCACUUUUUAUAGCUUUUAAUGCUUCCGAUUGAUAUUGUUUCCAGUGUUCACUAAUGGAGUAACGAAAUCUAUUCGAAAUACCGAUUGUGCCGGAUACAUUUUCACGAAAUAAAGUAAUUUAUUAAAAUUAGGAUGGAAGAAAGUACAAGCUCUGAAAAAGUUUGGUGCAAGACAAAAGCAGAAGAGCAAAAUAGUCUCUACCAUGGAGAAUCUACAACACAGUCUGUGGAAGCUAAUUCUACAUCUUUAGCAGAUAUAUUUGAUACAGCAUUUACAUCUACAGUUGACCCUUCCCCACAAUCAAGAUUUACUUCAGCAGCUAAUGAAAUGGAAUAUGAACAUUUAUUUGCCGAAAGCGACAUAGAAGAAUCCGAACUAGCUCCUAUCAAUCCAUAUGUAAAUCCACCACACCAUUCUUCUUCAGAUAAUAAUUUUGUUUUUGGAAGUUAUUUAACUGGACCUGGAACUACAGGGGAUUCUCAUGAAUACUGGCAACCUCAACGUUUAAGUUGCAAUAUGUGCCAAAAUAGACAAGAACGAAGUGUAAAACAGGAAUCUCACAAUAGACAGUUAGGAAAUACAUGUGAAGAGAGAGCUUGUGAAAAUUAUCGUAAAAGAAUUUUACAUGAACGAGAUCCACCAGUAAGACAUAAAAGUAAAAAGCAUGAGGAUCAUAAAUCAUUAAGCGAUCAUCAAUCUGAUAGUUUAAAUAUAGCUGGGCCAUCAAGAUUAUCGGAUAGUGUUUCUAACAGCACAACUAGACCAGCAACCAACAAUGGUAAUCUCUUAAACAGAGUUAUGCAGAAUAUUGGAAAUGAUAGUGCCAAUGAAUCCAAUACUUUAUACCAACCAAUUUUGCCAAAUACAAUUAACUCUCAGCAACACUCUACUCGUACAAUAGGACAUGAUGAUACACCAUCAGCACCAGAUCUACAAUUAGAUUGGUCCUCCAGUAGUGAUGAUGUUUCUAGUAGUGAUGAUGAAGAUGGGUCUGUUGAAGUUCUUGGAACAGUAAAUCAUAAUAAUAAACAGAAUUCUGUACAAAAUAAAGAAGAAAGUAAUCGUCCGGUAACUGUAGUUGAUUUGACUGUGGAAUCAGAUGAAGAACAUACUCCAUCAGUUUUAACAUCUACAGUAACAAAUCCAUGGCCAACGGACAAUGUACAUAAUGGGAACAAUUCUUUCUGCAUGCAUAGUUCGCCAGACUAUAUGUAUCAUGGUCGGUGUAUGCACCACAAUUACAGAAUUCCAAUUCCAGUUAUACCUGUUGGAUAUGGUCAAAUGCCAGAUGCUCCUACGGGAAUGUCGAGAACACGAAUGCAUCCAGUGCAAGAAAGAUUAUGGAUUAUCCAACAGCGUGUACAAGAAUUGCACAGGAGACAUUACACAAGCACAACACCGUGUGGCCCACAUAUGCAUCAAGCAACUCAGCAUACAUGUAACAAUGGAAACGCUAAUAUUCCGAAUAAUCUUUGCAAUGGUUCGGAAAAUAUGACAUACACAGAAAAUUAUCCUCCUCCUCCAAUUCUGCCACCACCACAACAACCUACCGUCUACAGUCAUCCAGAAGCUAGAGGUCCAUCAAGUUACAGUUCAAAUUGUCCUGUACAACCUGUAAUGAAUGUUGAGCGUUUUCAGGAACUAGUAGAAAUGGAACCAAUACCACCAGUAAUGUUACCUUCGAUGCCAGUUCAUCAAUAUGUACAUCAUCAUAUGUACCAUCAUUAUCGCCCGCGUCAAAGACCACCACCAGUACCGCAACGCAUGCAUCAUGUUCAUAUCAGUUUUCAUCCGCAUAUGCAAGAGUCUGGUACGCACGAUAUGAUGCCAUUGCCACCUUUGAUGCCGCUUUCACCUUCACCGCGUCCACUGCGCUUAGAAGAUUAUAUGCGUCUAGUUGAUUUGCGACGUAUGGCUCACAUUAGUUGCGGAGCAACACAGGAAUCCAUUGAAAGUCAUACAUUCCCUCACAAGUACAAACGGGUUAAGAAAGUCGAGAAUGGUGACGAUGCUAUUGAGAAAUGCACUAUAUGUUUGUCUGAAUUUGAAGAUUGCGAAAGUGUCAGGAGGCUUCCGUGUAUGCAUUUAUUUCACAUAGACUGUGUCGAUCAGUGGUUGUGUACUAAUAAACGCUGUCCUAUAUGUCGAGUGGAUAUUGAAACUUUUCUACACAAGGAGCUUGCCACUACUGCAUAGUUUAAGAUCCAUUUUAUCCAUCUUUUUUCUUGUUUAAGUAUGAUCAGGUAAUAUCCGCAUUUUAUAAAAUAUAAAAUAUCCUUUUUAUGGGCAAAUCUUCUGACACUACUAUUAAUGUUGGUGUAUAAAUUUUACUGUGACUAAUCAAAAUAUCAAUAACUGAGCAGAACUAAGUUCCUGGAGCGGUAGCAGAGGUUUGUUUUGAUUGAAUAUUAUUAUCCUUGUAUUAAUUUCAUGGGUAUUAAUAAUAUUGUAAAUAAGAAAUGUUAGGUUUGUUCAUUGUGCGUUAUCGUAUUGAUGAAUUUUGUAUUUUUUUCGACGAUCUAUUGCGUAUAUAGUACUUCAGAUGACAAAAAACACAUUAAUUAUAUUAAGCAUUUGAAGUGGUAAAUGUCUUCACGAUUUUUCUACUUUCUACCCCAUUAUUUUAUUAUGAUAAAAGAACAAAAAUGUUAAUUGAAAUCUUCAGGCAAUUGCCAAUAUAAUCUGUUUUAACUAAAAAAAAUGUAAACUAAUAAGAAUCAAGUAAAAAUAUUUUAUUCCCGUGUUACAAUAAUUCUACUGGGUGCUACAUAUAUCAGUAUAAAGUAUAGGCAUAAUAACCGUAUUUGAAUAAUUUUUGAAAAUGUUAAAAACUACGAUUGAUACAUAAACAAUUAUUUGAGGUUAUGUACAUUUUCAUAAGUUUUUAUAUUAAACAAGCUUUUUAAAAAAUAUGUAUUAAUAAUAUGUAAUAAUUCUGCGCAUGUAUACAUAUACGAAGUUGUAUUAGAAUAAUAAAUUUCGAUUUUUGGUUAGAUUUUCAAAGUAAGUUCUAGUAACGAAUAGAGAAAUACCAAAUUUUACAAAUAGUUCGAAAGCUAUAUGAAAGAUUAAAUCAAGGCAGGAUUGAAAAAGCAUAAUGAACAAAUAUAAAAAUAAUGUAGACAAAUUCUAAAAAGUAAGAAUAGUUAAAGGAAUAUAUACUGUUACUAAUACUAUGUGACACUAUUGUAUAUUAUUAUUGUAUAUAAAAUAUUAACACAGUAAUAUUAUAUGUGUAUGUUUGAAUGCAUACACCAUUGUGCAGUAGUAUUACAUAAAAAACUUACAGUAGAUACUGACCAUAUACACUGUAAUUUUGUAACUUUAAGAGUUUAAAUUAAUAAUUGAUUCAGUUUAUUCAACAUGAUAUAAUAAUCUUCACAAAGUGUAUUUGUAAUUUGAAGAAAAGGAAGCCGACUAUUUUCACUCGUUCUUAUACAAACAGACAGUAUAGAUGCCUUUUCAAAGCAAAGAUAUCUAAUAAAUGUUCUUGAUUUUUAUACUGAAAGAAACCAUUAACGCGAUUAAGAAUUUUCAUCUCAUUAUUAACAGUAAGUAUCGUGUUUAUGUGAUGAUUUUCUGGGCGUAAUACUAAUAAAUGAAAAACUGUGUAAUGUAAACACCAAAGUUAACAAUCAAAGGUCAUUGAAUUAACUAUGCACUGCCUAAUUAGCGAAGUUAAGCCAAAGACUUAAAAAUUCAAUUAGAAUUGAAUAUUUAAUUACUUUUGUCGACUGUUAAAACGCACAGAUUUCGUGAAAAUUACAUAAAAUUAUCAUCUAAAGAAGAUAUCAAAACAUGUUUAUUUAACCGAUCAUUCUCAAAAAUUCACAACUGCCGUUUAGAUGAAAUAUAAACAUAUAUUUUGAGCUACAAGCAUUCACUGGAAUCAAAGCUUUGUUAUACAUAUAAACAGACUGCCGUGGAAGUCAUUUACUGCACUGUGCGGGCCUUACGUAAUAUUGGAAUUGUAAAUAGCUAUUAGAUCAUAAUAUCAUCACUGAACUUCCGACAUUCAAAUACAAAGAAUGAAUUGAUAAGCUUCAUGUAAUUACUGUAUCGAAUUAUAAUUGUGAAACACGUUCCUGCAUUGUGUUUACAAUAUUCAUAAUCUUUUCUAUAUGGAGACCCAGUAUAAUACUCUAAGUUGUAUUAAAACUCCUUAACAUGUUAUUGAAAUUUAACCAUCGGAAAUUAAAGUGCUUCGAAUACAUGCAGCUAAUAUAUCUAACAAACAUUAUGAUAUCGACCUUUGUGUAAAUUCUUUAAACAAGUAUUUGACCGUGGUGUUAUUUAUUUUUGAACAUUUUUGAUCAUAAUAAAUACACUUUGUUUCACACAUAUAUUAUUGUUGAGAGUAAUCAAUAAUUAUCCGGCCGAUUAAGAUUUUAUUGUACAUAUUUUAUAUAAAAACUGUGUUUGGGGUUUCGUAAUAAUUUCUUUAAAUUACUGAUGUCAUUAUAUUUUGAUGUUACCAAAAGAAUUCUAAUGUUUAUGUAUCAAAAUAAGUGGAUGAUCGAACAAAUUUAUUUUUGGAUUGUUUAGCAUUUCCCAGUAACACAAUCAUCGUUAAGAAGUUUUUACUGCACUGCCAUUACUGACAAUGAUUCGAAAUAAUUAAUAGAAAUUACUUACAAACACUUUUUCGUCUCAUUUAUUAUUUUCAUUUUAAAUGAACUGAUUUAGUCAAAUUUUUUAUCCGAGUAUUUGAGAUACUUAAAAAUUUUAUGUUAUACAAAUGGAAAUGCAUGUAAUGUUAUUUGUAUAUGUUAUGGACAAUAUAGACGUUCAGACAGUUUCUAAGAGAAAAUCGUAUUCUAAUUAAAUGAAAUUACUGUUACAAUUGUAGUAUAAAUACAUGUGUAUGCUAAGCACGGAAUCUGGAUAAAAAGAAUGCAUGUAUUUUUAUUAUGUAGUCUUACCGACUACAAAACUUAUUUCUCACAUUUCUACUCUAUACGAACGAGUAGAUGCGUACCUUUACAUAGUUAUUAAACAUGUACAUUGAGAAACAAUAAUUUUAUAUACUUUCAUAAAUUAUAAGAAUAUAAAUUGUAUAUGUUACUAUAGGAAUGUAAUACAAUGUUAAAUGUAUCAAUUUAUUGUUGCAAUGUCAGAAUAAAAGUUAUUCAAAAUAAAUGACAUAUGAAAAAGUUAAGUGUUAAUUCUUUAAGUGGUAUUACAACAAGUGUCAUUUCUGUUUCGUUUAUUUUUAACUUCAUUAUUAUUGCAAAUGUUGGUAUGUUAAAAGAGUUCUACAUAGUCUUCAGUUUAUUUUAUCAAGUGUUUAUGUUCGCAUAACUGAUUCAAAUUUCGCGCGCAUUUCGACGCAUCAGCGAAGCCAUCUAGCGGUAGAUAGGCCGAACUAUUUUAAGAAGUUUGGUCAGCGCUUCUAUCGGGAAAACGCUCAAGUUUGUCCUCGAUUAGUUCCUUUUGUACUGGUAGAUGGCGCCAUUUGCACUAUUUUUUACCGACAUAGUCGGUAUUUUACCAUCAUGUCAGUAAAAAAAAGUAGUGUUAAUGCCGCCAUCUAGCAGUAAAAGAAGGAACUAUCGAGGACAAACUUGAGCGUUUUCCCGAUAGAGGCGCUGGCCAAAUUCCGAAAAAUAGUUCGGCCUAUCUACCGCUAGAUGGCUUCGCUGAUGCGUCGAAAUGCGCGCGAAAUUUGAAUCAAUUAUGCGAACAUUAAGAGUAAUAUCCAUGUUAAAAGUAUGCUAUUCGUGUCUUACAACAUUCAUUCGAAUAAGCAACAUUUAAACCUUCUUAUUUAAUUUAUAUUAUAUAACGUAGUAGUCUAAAACGAUACAUGCACGUGUGAAUACGUUUACAGUAUACAAUGUUUACAGUAUAUUUCCUUCUAUCAAGGUUAUUGAGGCCAAUUAUAUAAUCGGCAUUCGAGUAAAGCGUAAUAUGUAUGCAAUGCUUGGUCUAUAAGGUACCAAUUUGCGUAGCGUAGAUAGUGAAAGGGGUGCGAUAGGAUUAAAAAGAAGAAACCAGGUCGCGGACGGUAUUCCGCGCCUUUUGAAACAGGUUCUGCGUAGAAGGUUCAAUGGAUUAUCCUUAUUACGUAUCUAUACGUCUAGUAUGCAAUCCAUAAUCACUGCAAUCAUGAACGUUUCUGUCGCGCUAAGCAUUUGUGUCACGAUUAAGAAGAAAUUAAAUGUAGAAUAAAUAAUCAGGAUUAAUAACGAGACAACAGAGAGUCGUGAUUUUGGUGGCAAAAAAUGAUUACUUAUCGAAAAUUUCAGUUUAUCCCCCUCGUUGAAAAGAAUUAAAUUAGCGAUGUUAAAAAAGUCAUUUAUUUUUUAGUUAGGUAAGGUAACGCCGAGUAAACAUUAUCGAUUCCCUUCGUGCUAUUUAUAUCAAUCCUGCGCUGCCGUUUACCAUGAGACGCAACCGUCAGCCUAUCCGUGGACGUGCGGUUUCUUUUUUAUUCGUUCACCGUCUCGUUUCGUUGCAACGAGACGCGCAGUAUUUCUAAUGAAAAAGAUGCGAUCGUCUCCCGAAAGAUCGUGAAAAAAAAAUUAUUCGGCUACCAGUCACGACGAUGAUUUACGCGAUCCCGCAAACUCCGUUCAAUGCCAUUCGCGGUGCACUGAAAUCAGCCCGCUGCGGAAAAGAGAGGGAGUACCUCUCCGUCGAUGGUUAUAUAGCCAGCUACAGAACCGAUCGUUUUCAGUUCUGAACUCCUCGAUCAGGAUUUGCCCGGCCUCUUUGGUUAUAUAUCACCUGGCCACGUGGGACUAGCCUGAACCGUCAAAGAGUUCCAGCGUUUCGUCGACGAGUUCCCGCGAUGUGGACCGCAAACGUCAGAAUCGCAAUCGUCCGUCUACUUUUUACGGAUCUAUAAAAGAGGAUCGCGUUUCCGAUAACGCUCGAGGCUGUUAUCAUCGUAGUAAAUACAGUAAUCCGAGUUUAUCUGAGUUCGUUUGCUGAAACGAAAUCGGCACGACGCACUCGGCGAUGCGUGAUCUGCGCGAGGACACGUCGAUUUCAAUGGAGAAAUAGUGGUCGAGUUGUUGGACCACUCGAACAGAUUUCAACGAUAUCGAGAAAGCAAUCGGUGAAUUAUCUUUUGGUGCCGGUGGUGUUUGCGUAAGAGGGCUGUUGCCCCUCGACUCUGAAGGAAGAUGGCUCCGCAAGAAAAA